AUGCACGUAUCCGCGAUCUUCCUCACCGGCCUGGCAGCCGUCGCCCUGGCUGCACCCCUUGAUGCUUCUACCCAAUUGGCCGAACGCCAGUAUGAUCCUAUUGAGAAGGUACAUGCGUCCUUGGAGGGAGGGGAGUCCGACGCCACAAAGCGUCAGUACGAACCUAUUGAAAAGGUUCAUGCAUCUCUAGAGGGAAAGGAGUCGAAACGUCAAUAUGAACCCAUUGAGAAGGUUCAUGCGUCGCUUGAGGGCAAAGAGAGUCAAUAA